AUGUCGUCUGAGGCAGGGGUGCGCCAUAAUGGUGUAGCGUGAGAUAAGGCCAUGCUGCCACCGGGCCUGAGUUCUCUGUUAUUCUCCUCUUGCUGACUCAAAACACGUGUGUGCAUCGGCGUCAAACACCGCACAGGUAACCCCACAGAUGCGCCAGGGUCACCUUUCUACCAUUGACCACCUCUGUGACCUCGAUCGUACCUUCAACUUGAUGUAACUCGUGGUGUAUUGUCGUUCUGGCCAUGGCAGCUCAAGUGGCUGCGAAUGUCCAUUGUGAUGGGAACGACAUUGGGCAGAGUACUGAGGUGGCCGCCAACUCUGUGGAUCAUGUCCCUGACGGCAACGGCGACGCUCCCCACGGUCCUGACGGCGUAGCUCCCGACGGCGGGCCCCCGAGCGGCAAGUUGAAAUCGCCGAACGAACAAAGCAGCGCCGCCGACUCAAACUCUGCUGCGGCUGCUCAGCACAACGCUCAAGAUGGAGGAACAGGCAAUAGCGGGUCUAUGAACAACGACGACUCCGGCGUGGAUAUAGACCCUUCCAGACAGGGCAGCUACCCUCACCCUGGCCCAGGCGGGCCAAACCAGGUGGACGGGGCCCCAAGUGGGCCACCUGGACACCCAGGACCGAUGUCCGGUAACAUGCCAGGCUACAGCAACAACUUCCGUGGUGGAUACAACAGUGCAGACCCACAGCAACAUGGCGGACCUGGUGCAGGAAACGGCCCAUAUAACCCGGGUUCGAAUCCCGGCAUGGGACCACAGAACCCUCAGUACAACCAGUACGGCAACUACGACGGCAUGGCCGGGAUGUCCGGGCCCAGGCAAGGCCCGUACCCUCCCGCCUCCAAGCCUAUGAACAUGCCGGUAAGCAGGACUAGCUUGAGCUCGGCUGGGGCUCAGAUGAUGCCUAAUUAUAAUACGGGUCCGCAGCAACAGCACCGAUUUAUGAGCGGCCCUUCCACCAGCCAACAUUCAGGGCCAACUCCGACACUAAACCAGCUUCUACAGAGUCCCAGCCCUGCCACUUCACGCUACGGGAACUCCUACCCUCCCUCAGCCGCUGGAGGGGACUAUAACAUGGGCAAGGGGCCCGACGGUGGAAAUAUGAUGGGCAGCGGGCAAUAUCCUAAUCAGACGUGGGGAUCGCAACAAAGAACGCACCCGGGACAAGGCUCGAUGGGCCCGGCGCCCCCGCCCAACCAGACCAUCGGCAGGACACAGGGCCCGAUGCAUGAGAUGAAUCCGCAGAUGGGCCAGAAGCGGCCGCAGCCUUACGGCGCCCCCUACGCUAACGCCAACCCAUACUCGCAGCAGCAGGGGUACGGGGGACAGCCGUACGGCCAGGGCUCGCCGCCCCGCUACCCCGGCCCUCCUCAGGGCAGGAUGGCCAGCAUGCAGGGGCAGCCGCCUCAGUACGGCAGGCAGCAGAUGCCUCCUCAGUACAACCAGUCUGGACAGCAGGGGAUGGGAGGGUACAACCAACAACAACCUCCCUACUACCCACAGCAGCAGGGGCAGAUGGGAUACCAGCAGCAGGGAGGGUACCCCCAGGGUCAGCAGAUGCCAUCACAGAUGCAGCAGCUUCUGACUGAAAAGAGUGACAUCGCUACCCUUCUCAAAAACAAGCUUCUUGGUGAUAAGGGGGAUAUGUCAACUCUGAUGCAAAACAAGGGUUUUCCCGGAGUGCGGUCUCCCCCGACCGUUGUCCCCAAACCGGUGCCCGCUCCCGACGAGGGCGUCCUCGCUAGCCAGAUCACGCGCCCUCCCAGUCUGCCGGAUCUUUCUGGUGCAAUUGACGACCUGCCAACUGGCAAUGAGGGAACACAGAACAACUCCACCCCACAACUCAACAACCAGAACGACAAAUACAAUCAGCCUCCCGAAGCACAGCUCUCCCCACACCCUGGGGUGACCUCCCCACACCCUGGGGUGGCGUCUCCCCACCCCGGGGUGGCUUCCCCCCACCCCCACCCUGGUGUGGCCGGGCUGAGACCGUCACCCUCACCGGUGGGGUCCCCUGGACACCUGAGUGCACAGAGCAGGUCGCCCAUGUCACCUGCCAGUGGACCAGGAACGUCACAAAUGCCACCACCAACCAGCCAAUCAGACAGCAUGUCACAUAACCAAAUGAACCAGUCACCAAUGGGGCCUCAGGAACGAGGGGGGUACCACCAGCAGAUGCCCCCUCCUGGAAUGCAAGGGGGGCACCAGAUGGGUUCUCCCAUGUCACCCUAUGGCCCCCAACAGGGGAAGGCACAGAUGUCACCCAUGUCUCCCAGGCCAUCCGGACAGAUGCAUCCUGGGAUGGGCGGAGGGGGUCACCAGAUGCCCCCCUACCAGCAGGGGGGUCCCCCCAGCCAGGGUUACGGGCAGUACCCCCAGUCAAGUAACUAUUCCAGGUCGCAGGGCAUGCAGGGGUAUGGAAACAUGCCCAACAGCUCAGGCUACAACCCCGGAAUGGGCAUGCAGACUCCCCACAUGCAGGGGAGCAGUAGCGGCGGGAGCGGCAUGCACGGUCCCGGGCCCCAGUACAACAUGGGGAUGAACCGAGUGCCGCCGUCGAGCGGUGGGAACUUCGCCGGGGGAGGGUACGGGAUGCCGCCGCAGGGCGCGAGCAGUAUCCCCAACACCGGGUCCAGCCAGGCUCCGCCAGUCAACUCCUUCGGCCAGCACAGCCCUGGGAUAAACUCCAGCCCGGCGUACAAGGGCCAGGCCACGGCCACCAGCAUGAGCGCCGCCCAGAUAGCCGCCCAGGCCGCCGUCAUGGCCGCAGCCAACACCGCCGGACGGGCGUCCACCCACUCCAGCUUCCCCAGCAGCAUGCCGCCGCCUCAACCCCAGCAGCUCAGAAGUGGGUACCCCCCUCAAUACCCCUACACCCAGGGACAACAGCAUGGGGGGUAUAGCAACGUGCCGCCAAUGUCAAACAUGUCCGAUACACCCCCUAUGGGGCAUGGGCAGGGCAUGAUGCCGCCCCAGGGCCCCGGCUACAACCAAAAUCCGAAUUACAGUUCGAGUUCGAGCAUGGCGACCGCGAGCCAACCCUACAGCCAGCCGCUGGGGCCGCCUCCGGUUAGCACCGUGGCAAACACUAGUGCAGGUCCUGCGACCACAGCGGUGACACAGAGCAUCACAACUCCGGUAACAUCCGCGUCAGUCGUCACAACCAGCGCCAGUAACGACACGACGGCCAAACCAGCCACGCCGAGCGAACCGACACCAAAGGAUGAGGGGCAAUUAAAACAACAGGAGGAACAACAACAACAGGAUAAACAACAACAACCAGGAGAAAAACAACAACAACAGCCGCCGCAACAACAACAACAGCAGGCUCCUGCUCCACCGGACCAGCAGCCGCCACACCCACCGCCGCCUCCUGUCAAAAGGGAUAACUCCUCCCAGCCUCCCACGCCUUCAUCCACCAAUAUCCCAGUGGCCUCUCCUGUCCCUGCGUCGCCGGGCGGGGCCAGCAUGUCCUCCUUCCCUGACGACAUGGAGAACAACAGUAACUUCAGCAGCCCAGGCUGGCCAAAGACCCCCUCAAGCCCGCGCAACAACCAAUCGCAGUCUCCGAUGCCGCCGGAGCAGAUGUUGAAGAUGUACGACAGUUUCGGGGAGGACAUGGAGCGGAAAGUGUUCCUGGACACCCUGGUGGCAUUCUGGGAAGAGCGUGGUUUCCCCAGCAACAAGGCCCCGUCCAUCAGCAACAAGCUGGUGGACCUGUACCGCCUGUACUUCCUCAUCAAAGAGAAAGGGGGCUUUGUGGAGGCUUCAAAGAAUAAGCAAUGGAGGGACGUGUGCCAGGCCAUCAACAUUGGCAGUUCCACCAGUGCCGCCUCCUCCCUCCGGAAAAACUACAUCAAGUACCUGCUGCCUUUUGAGUGUAAGCACGACCGAGGGGACGUUAACCCACAGGUGCUGGUGGCGGCAACGGACAACAGCAAGAAGUCUUCGUCCAUGGCUGCAGAGGCUCGAAGACUAGCUGCUUCUCCAGGUAUGGCUGGGAUGCCAAUGAUGGACAGACCACCCUCCCAGCAGCACCCCAUGAUGAACUCCAUGAUGGAGGGACACCAUGAUGGCAAUAUGCUCCCCCCUGAUCAACAAAUGGUACCACCCACCAGUGGGCCCAACAUGAUGCCUCCUGGGAGUAUGGGAAACGCCGGUAUGAUGCCUCCUGGCAGCCAAAACAGCAUCAGCGUGAGAGACCCGUUUGCUGACGACUACCAGAAGCCCGCCAUGCCACAGCAGAACAGCAUGAACCCCAACAUGCCUCCCUACAUGAACCAGAAUGACCCCAUGAACCGCGGAGGCAUGAACAUGCCCGAACAGUACCGAAACGCUCCCUACCAGAACGACCCGUACGCCAUGAACAGGAGGCCGCCCGUGCAGGGGGAACGAUCCAUUCGCGGCACGGCGUGGGGGGGAUGGCUACACACCCCCUUACCAAGGACCUCCCCAGGGCCAGACCCCCUACCCGCAGCAGCAGGGGAUGUACCACCAGGGCUACCCUCAGAAGAGGCCCGCAAACGACAUGUACGUCCGCCCCCCAAACGUCCAGAGUUCAUGAACAAGGAAGACCCUUACGGGAUGGGCUACAGUGGACAAAGGCAGCCGCAUUUUAGCCAGCCGGGCUUUGGUACACCCGACAGACCAAUGCCCGGCCAGCACGGGUACCCACAACAGUUCAGAGAAGGACCAAUGAGUGGCCCGAUGGCUCCGCACACGCCACAGCACAUGAUGGGCCCAAACUCCCACAGCAUGGGGGACAGACCCUCUCACGGCCCGUGGCCCAACAGAAGUGAGAGCGGCUUCCCCUACCCCGGUGGCCAGGCACCGCCGGGCCCCCACCAUGGCAUGAACCAGAGGGAGGAUUUUUUCGACCAGCGACAAGUGCGUGAUCCGUCGCAGCCCCACUGGCCCCCGAUGAGCCGACACCAGCCCGGAACCCACCCGUUUCCCCAGUCGUCGUCAGCCAUGAGUCACCACAUGCCCUCGUCCUUCUCAGCGUCCCACCACCCUCCCCUCCCUCCCCACACCACAGGCCCGGGCAGCCCCUCUCUACUCGCCAGGCAACUGCAGUCCCGCAUGUCCCCCCAUCGAGACAAGGCUUUCCUCUCACAGCGCCUGUCAUCGUCCAAGAUGCCGCCCGUCCCCGGGAUGGGGCCCAUGCAGCAGAGGAGAGAGAUGCAGUUCCCGCCUGACUCAGUAGAGGCCACUCAUCCCAUCCUCAUCAAGAGAAAGAGGCUGACUUCAAGAGAUUUGGGUCCUGUGGAGGCGUGGCGCAUUAUGAUGGCGCUGAAGUCGGGACUGCUGGCCGAGGCCACCUGGGCGCUGGACACCCUGAACAUCCUCCUGUUCGACGACAACACCGUCACCUACUUCAACCUGCAGCACCUCCCGGGCAUGAUAGAAACUCUGAUGGAGCACUUCAGGAGGUGUCUGAUCAGCAUCUUCGGAAUCCUGCAGGAAUACGAGGUCGGCGACGACAAGCAGAUCUGCCCACUACCUCCGGAAGAGAAGAAGAAGAGGGAGAAGUUGAAAGCACUCGAGAAGAAGGAGAAAGAAGAGGACGAGAAAGGUGGCGAGGAGCUUGAAAUGGGACCCAACAACUUGAAAAGGGCCACCUCAACCCCUGUAGUUAGUCCGUUCGAUAGAAAACCCAUCAAGGUGGUGAAGAAGGUGGAAGAGGUUCUCACCAACCCCAGGGCAAGGGACUGGGAUCUGAAGCAGGAGUUCGAAAGUGGGAAGCUCCACUGGGAGAUAGGGGGAGGGGACGAUACGUCACACAUCAUUGCUUUCUUCGAUAGCAAGGAGAGCAUCUUGAGAAGAUGGCGCCACAGUGAUUCACUGGAAGACAAUGACUCACGCGACGCGUGCGGGGAAGCCAAAGAAAACGAGGACGAAAAUGACAACAAAAUCAAACAAGAGAAAGUGGCAAGUACACAGCCAAGGGUGACGGCCAUGUUGGAUGACAUGCUAACAGUGAAAUCGGAGGGCAUCACCAUCAAUGCCAAGGCUUCGGAGGACGGGGGUAAUUCCGAGGAGGCGAAUAUCCUCGCCAAGAAGAGGAAAAAAGUCAAGGUUCUGGAGGACGAGCCCCGCAGCAGAGACGAGUUCCCCUUGAACUUGCUGACCAGUCAGCAGGACCAGUUGGCCAGGAGGUGUAUAUGUAUAUCCAACAUAUUCCGUAGUCUGUCCUUCAUUCCAGGCAAUGAUCUAGAAAUGUCCAAACACCCGGGACUGCUGCUUGCCUUGGGCAAGCUCUUGCUCUUGCACCACAAUCACCCAGAGAGGAGUCAGACGGUGCGCACCUACGAGAAAGACGAGUCCGAGAUCGACGCGGUGCCGUACAAGCGGGAAGAGUGGUGGUGGGACUGUUUGGAACUGUUGCGGGAGAACGUUUUAGUCAUCCUUGCAAACAUCGCAGGCAACAUGGAUCUGUCCAUAUACCCCGAGAGCAUCAGCCUUCCGAUAUUGGACGGACUUCUGCACUGGACGGUGUGUCCCGCCGCCUGCGCCGUGGAUCCGUUCGCCACGGUGUCGGAAAAGUCACAGUUGUCACCGCAGAGGCUUGCCCUGGAAGCCUUGGCAAAACUGAGUAUUCUGGAUAACAAUGUGGACUUGAUCCAGGCUACUCCACCCUUCAGCCGCCUGGAGAAGCUGAACGGCCAUCUUGUACGGUGGUUAGGUGACAAAAAGCAAGCGGUGAUGCGCGAGUUUUCUGUCGUGUUGUUGUCGAAUCUCGCGCAGGGAGACACCAUCACGUGUCGCGCCAUCGCCUGUCAGGCCGGCAGCGUGUCCGCCUUGAUCGGGUUCCUCGAGGACGCGGAAGCCACGGCGAGCGCCAUCGCGCAGAACCCUCGCAUGAUGCAGAUGUCCCACAACCAGGAGAUUGGGACCAGUCCAGACAUGAUGCGGCGAGCGGCCGUGACGCUAGUCUGCUUAACCAAAGUUCCAGAGAACAGAGCCUUGUUUGUACAGCAUGAGAGCAGAGUGCUUACUCUGUCGAUGUCGCACGUCUUCGACCAACAAAUCUUAGGACACCUUUCCGAGACUCUCUUCUACUUAUCCAAAGAAUCAUAGCACAGGACCGAGGGGAGAGAAAUAUGCAGUUGUGUAUAGUGGGACUGUAACAGGCUGCUCUGUAGAUCAAGUUGAGACAUGUAGAUUGGGCCUUUGAAACCUUUUGUACACAAGCCUAAGUCUUGUACUUAAGAAGAUUAGUUGACAUUCUUCCAAAACCUGUCACUUUUCUGUGUGCAACGAAAAGAUGUCUGUUGUAUGCAAUCAUGGGGUGAGAGGGAGAUCUAGUCCAUUGUCAAGCCAUCAUCAUUCAGUGCAAUAGGUGUCCACCCAUGGAUGUUGCACUGGGUACAACAGAACAUCUUGUGCAGCAUUUUAACAAUUUUGUACCCCGCAAUAUUCUUUCCACACCGUUUCUAGUGUUCGAUAUCCAUCCAGGCACCUUUGAUAUGCCUCACUCAAGAGAUGCGUGCUGUAAAAAUGAACAGUGAUUUAACAGUUUAGUUUUAUAGACAAACUCCCACCCUGUUCCACAUAUUUAUACUGUAUGUACGGGACAGACUCGUUUCUAGUUGUCACCGCUUGUAGUCGCAGUCUUUGUGUCAGUGCACAGAAAAUAUUGAGAUGAAAUGUGGAAUAUUUAAGUCUAUCACGCAGUAGAAAGCAGGAGAAUUGAGAAGAGCAGGUUUUUGAAACCUGUGCCAGAAAGCAUCAUGACAUUAUACUUCCACAUAAGUUAAGCCCAUGGCGAAAGUAGCCUCUGUUCAAAUGGAUUUUCCAAGGAAAAAUCGUCAGAGCCAUGGAGAAUUUUUGCGUGGAUCUCAGAUGUAUUGCAAAGUGCACUAAACAAGUCGAAGCUGGACAUAGACGCUGCCUUGAUGACCGUUAUCGGGCACUGUAUAGUCAUGCGCACUUUGUACUUGAUGUCUCAACCAUGAAAUAAAUGUUUAUGUAAAGAUCUGCA